AUGACCAGCAUCAUGGAAUCACCUAUUCCCAUCCCAGGCUCUUUCAUGCAAGAACCAGACACCACAUUCCACUGCUCACGUUUCAACGCUUCAGUAUUCUUACCUCCUGUCGACGACACAUGUCGAUCCUCCGCGGCGUCCCAACAGGGCCAACGUCAGUCCAUCUCCAGAUCAUCUCCGUCUCACCGCUCCGAGCAGUCUCAACACAGUCGCAAGCGACAACGUCUUGAUACCACCGACGAUACACUCGACACUCCACUCGGCGAUCCGAAUGACUCUUACUUCCAAAAAUGGUCAUCUGGCCGCGACACGCGCAGUCCACCCCCCAUGGUCGAUACGAAUUACCGUUUUGCCGGCGGACUUGAUGCGCCCACCGCACUGACGGCUCAGAACGAGGACGAUGCACAUGAAUUCGAUUAUGAGGUCGAUUGCAGACCUAAUCGAUACCAGCAGAACCCCGUUCAUUCUAUGGACUCGUCCGUCCCACAGACUCCCGCGUCCAAUGAGCAUGGAAGGAAAAGAAGACUGUCCCGAUCACCCAAGGGUUGGGGAAAGACCAUGUGGGCGUUGACUGGAGGAAUAGCCGGCAAAGUCUUCAACUUUUGUUGGAGCAACACAUUUCGAGGCUUCUACGCCGGGGGCGGGAAUGGAUACCAAUUCGAUCUCGGAACUCCCGACGUUGCGUCCCGGGCAUGGACCGAGGUCGAUACCACGAAUGAUGUCUUUCACCAUGACUACAAGGCCCCUCUUCGACGAGAGCAAAGUCCCGUCCCGGGUGGCUUUCCCGAGGACGCGGACUUCAUUGACGAUUACAUGUCCAAUCCUGUCGCCGGUCAUCAGCGGAAUCAUGCGACUCCCACGAUGAAUUCGGACCAGGAUCCUUCUUCCACCCUUCGAGCCAGUUGGGUGGUAUUGGACGGGCCCCAGACUGAGUCAAGAGAGACAAGUCCAGUGAGAAAGAAGGCCAGAACGAGUACAGCCAACCUUCACACACGAUCAACGGCCCGGCAUGUGAAUAGUCAAUCUCAUGUACAUGCACGGAAAUCCCCGAGAUCCCCCAUGGCAUCCUAUGCGUCGCCUCGAAACUCAUUGAACUACAACGUCACCUCACAGCCUCGUCAGUCGUUGCCCGCCGUCCGCAGUGACGUCCACCGCCCCGACAGCAUCCCAAACAACCACCACCCAAAGCGUCCUAGCAGCCGGGCUUCGUUAGCCUCGCCACGUCGUCAAUCCGCUCACCACGUGACCUCGUCAACUCCACCAUCACCCGCCGUCCGGAAAUUCGAACAAAAGAUGCGCCGUAAGGAAGCUAGACAGGACCAAACGAUGAACCGGUUCAAUGCGCAGUUACAAGCUAUGAUACGCGAGGGUCAGCAAGCGUUAGGAUCCAAAGUUGAGGUCGAGGUCCUGGACAGUGCUGAUAUCGACGAAGGAUAUGAAGAGGGCGUUGGUGUGGAGUCGUGGGAGAGAGAAUAUGUCCGGCCUGGAGUGUGGUCUUAG